ACAAAAAAAAAAGAAUAAAUCUAAAUAAUAAAAUGUCCCAUCAAUAUAUUGUACGUUCGGCAUUUCUUCAGAAUGUUGCUCAAAUCGAGGAACUUUACAAGUCGAAACAGUCUCAACACUUUGGUGAGAAACGCAGUCCACCGCUUACCCAAUUGUUCUAUGAGUAUCAGAAUCAUCGUUUGGCUGUCUAUGAACAAGAAGACGAUACCAAAAUGGUGGCCUAUUGUGAAUUUUGCAUUUAUCCCAAUAUUGCGGUCUUGUCCAAUCAUUUCUGGCUAACCUGGCUAAAUGCACGUUUCUGCCUGGAAAAACCACUCACUGUGAUCAAUACGAUAUUUUUCAAUUUUGCCAUCCAUCAUGAGCAACACCCGAAUGUCUUCAAGCAGGUUAUCUAUGAGGUUUUCUAUCGUGAACUUAGAGUUUUCUUUAUACUCAUAGCGAAGCCUCCUACUUAUGGGGAUGGUGAAUAUAAGCUAAUUGAAAGCCUUGGCAGAACCUACUAUCCCAAGGAUUUUAAGGUCACUGCAAAUACGCCCUGUCCAUCUAUUAUUAUCAUAGAGAGAGAGAAAAUUAUGCCAAUAUUAUCCUUUCGCAAGGCCUUGCCUGAGGAUAAUGAUGAUAUAGUCAAUAUUAUAGACUUUGAGGAGCCGCAAUUGCGUGAAAACUACGGUGACUUUUAUAUUGCUGAACUUUUAAUGGGCACCAAUGGUCGUUUAGGCACAAGUAAGCUCAUUGUGGCUGAGGUUACAAAUGAGGCUACCGAGGAAGUCAGUAAUACUGGACUAAUGUGGCUUACGGAUAGCUUGGACAUGGAAUUAUUACUCAAAAACUUUAAUUUCGAACGCUUGGACAAUCUGGUGCGCUGUACUCCCGGUGCUCCACACACUGUGGUGUCAUUUCAAGUGGAAUGUGUGGAGCCGAGGCGAUAUACUGCUCUCUAUACCGAAAUAGGUAUUGAUAAAUUGAAAAUCCAAGGUGGAUUCGGCGAUGGGUCCAGUUCGGUGUGCAUUGUCAGCAACGCUGCCGGUGAACCUGAGUGUGAGGUGAAGAGAGAUAGCUUCUUUGAUCGAGCUUAUGUAUUCUCGAAAUUUAAGCAUAUAUACGAAGAGUUACGCAAUGGCAGUCAUUAUGUAGAUAUAAUAAGGAAAAAUUUAAUAGUGACAUAUGAUACGCCAAGUCGAAAAUUUGAAGACGAAGGAUAUUUAAAUGUAGAUUUCGGGUCCUCGGUGAGACUAGAGACGCCAAGAUCGUCAAUUAGAGGUCUUAAUAGAGCUGCGAAAGCCUUUCUCUUGAAGAAGUUUAAUUUACAUCCAAAACAACGUGUGGAAUAUGUAUUCUUUUUUCUAAGUGCCACUUUUAGUGCCUAUCCACAACAUGAGUAUUGUUUGGUCCCUGUGCCAGCCGUUGUCCAUCUGCCCGACAGUCUAAGACAUAUGAUUAAGUACUGUAUGCGGGUUAAUCAUCGUCCUAGUUCUUCCACAUCCGAGGAAAUUUUCGUUUGUCAUCGAAGUACACUCUUUGGUAAACUUAAUCUCAUUAAAUUGGAGGAGAUUGAUAUGCCUGAGAUUAGGAAAAUAUUGGGCCAGGAUGGGCGAGGUUCAAACUUAGGCGAUGAGAAUACCAUUCGUUCACCUGAAACGCUGAACCGGGAGUCAAAGCGUGAUGAAUUAAUCGAUGAAAUCUUCAAUGAUGUACUUAACAAUUUCGAAACAGAGUUAAUAGCAUGGACAUUCUUUUGUGGACAGACGAACAUACCUCGUGUCGAUUGCACCAUAAUUGGUUUCGUAAUCCUAAGACCCUUUACGGACUAUGAGUAUGUGAACAAGCAAUGCUUCUUGCCACCCAAUGAAUAUCAUUUGCAUCAUUAUCGUGGUGAGAUUAUCAUGCUAAAAGUGCAUCCAUUCUUUCAAAUGUGGUCAGAUGAAAUUUUUCGCGCUGUGGGCGUAAAAUCGGGUUACCGAGAACUCUAUUAUCUUAAUCAUUUUAUGGGUGUAUCGUUCCCAAAUGAUCUAAUAAGUAAUAUGAUGCCCAUCGAACCUUUGCGCCAAAAGAGGAAUUGGUAUACGGGCUCUGAUCCAUCUUGGGGUUUUCGUCGUCCCUCGAAAACGGUUAAUUUUCCCAUAAUAAAUUUAUCUCGAGAUCGUUUAUACGUCUAUUGCCAUAAUUUGCUGGCUUCCAAAUAUCUGGGACCACAUAAAUCUCUUGUCAUAUUAGGCUUUACGGAUACAUGUCGUGCCUUGUUGAGGCGCUUAAUAUUUGGUUGGAACACCAAAGAUUUUUCUUACGUUAAGAAACACAAUUGCCUCCCAAGCGUGGAUAUUACGGUAAUUGUGCAAUAUGGCAUUGUGGAGGCUGCCUACGAUUGCCAAUUCGAUUGCCGAUAUUGUGAUCAUAAUCGUAAUUGCUAUAUAAGUAGAUUCAAUUGUGGUCCCUAUGUGCGGGAUACAACUCAUCGGAUGGAUCUGCGUCAGUAUGUACACUUUGUGAUGGGCACUGUUGAAUAUAUCGAUAGGGAGCAACAAGUGAUUGGUUUGGAUAACAAUUGUAAAAUCAAAUACAAUACUUUACUUUUGAUGGUCGAUUCGAAAUAUGGUUUCAAGGAAAUGGAUGCUGCCGAAAUGCCUUAUAAUUAUGCUCAGAUAAAUAUGAGAUUGGAUAAAAUUAUACUCUAUCAUAAGUUACAGGAAAUGUCCGGUGAUAAAUUUCCGAGUAGACAAAUUUUAGUCUAUGGCAACAAUUUGGCUGUCUAUGAGUGCAUUAAUUUUCUACUCAAACAUGGUUGUCUACCGAAACACAUUAUUUGUGUACAACCGCAUAGAAUUGUUUUGCCGGAUGCCUCAAAUAAUCCCACUGUGGAUUUAGGAUUGGAUUCGAUAUUAGAGGAAAUGAUUAAGGAUUUGAAUAUCAAAUUCUAUAGCUCGUGUAACUUUGUCGAGUUCACUUACUACAAAAAUGAAUUUUUUAUUGAGAAAGCAAAAUUUGCACGAUUUCCCACUGGAGACACAUUUGAGAUAUCUUGCGAUCUUUUUAUCAAUUUUAAUGAGAACUAUUUGAGAGCAAACACUGAAAAGGUACUUCGUAAUUGUGGAAUUGAAAUUACGGAAGAUAGGCAUAUAUGGGUAGACGAGAAUUAUUGCACUAAUGAUCCAAAUAUCUAUGCUGCUGGCAAAUAUGUAACCAUCAAAACGGAGCCAAACUAUCAAUAUAUACAUACUGCUGAUGAAGAGAUGGCUGAUAAGUUGAUAACUAUACUUAAACUAAAACGCGACGAAACCGAUGAACCUUUCGAAAGGCGUUUCUCAAAGCCUUGCUACUUCACGGCACUUGUACCAUGUAGCUAUAAGGUGGUUAAGGUCACCGUGCCCAAACGUUAUGUGAUUGGUCACUUGACCAAUGAGUACAAUGAAAAGUUGACCACUUACGAGGAUGGAGAUUUUUGCCGUGUGAGUUUAUCGUACACGGGCAUGAUUACCGAAAUUACAUGUGUCACGAAAAAUAUCUGGAAGAAAUACUAUUUCAUUGAGUACUUUUGCGGCAAGCAUGAGUCAUUGCUUAAUAAUCUAAGGAAUCGUUGGAAACUUGGUUUAAUAACAAAUUUCCUAACAUAUUUCGAACAGCCAUGGACUGAGAUAUUUAUGCAUCAUUGUUUUGAUGAUCUGCAAAUGGAAAAUCGUAAGGUUCUGAUGCCUUUGCUAAAGAAAAUCUCACCUGCUCAGGCUCUGAAUAAUGCCAGAUUGAGGGAACGUCAUCAGGAAGCUUAUCAACCUUUAUUGGAGGCGAAUGUGGUUAAUUUUCUUCGUCGUUAUCGGGCCGAUUUUAUUAAUCAAUUUGCUUUGCCCGAAGAUUCUGGUUGGCCAUUUUUUUAAAUUUACAUAUACUCUUCAAGAUUUUUGUUUUUGUGUAACAUAUAUAUAUAACUUUAUAAUAGAAUUGAUCAAUAUUAUUAUGUUUAACCUAGAA